AUGGAUCAUGUUGGCCCCGAAUUACCUGAACCUCCAAAAUACACUCCUCAGGAAGAGAAAUGGGUCCAGAAAGAAGGAGGCCAAGAACAAUGGCCUCCUGUCCCCACAGUGCAUUUUGUGCAGCAGAUUAAGUUCCAAUGUCAUUUCUCCAACGGGAUGGAGCGUGUGCGGUACCUGGAGACAUACAUCUACAAUGGGCAGGAGGACAUCCGCUUCGACAGCGACGUGGGGGAGUACCGGGCGCUGACCGAGCUGCGGCGGCCUGAGGAGAAGCUUUGGAGCAGCCAGAAGGACAUCCUGGAGCGGAAGCGGGGCGCGGUGGACACGUUCUGCAGAUACAACUAUCGGGUGUCUGAGGGAUUCCUGGUGCCUCGGCAGAGUGAGCGCAGAGGCGGG